AUGGGACUGGCACAGGAAUCCUCUUCAUCCGCCUUUCCCCCUCUCGACCCCAUCAUCAUGGACGACGACAUGGAGUCCACCUUCCGCGGUGCCAACAUGGACUUUCUAGACCCCACAAAACUCGAAAUGUCCGCAGAAAAUGGCGGUGCUGAAUUCGACGACUUAUUCGCCCGGGCAACGAACUCGCAUCCGAAUGGCGCCUCGGGACACUCGAAGCCGCACCAAGAUCAACCCCCCCUGAGACAGAUGCCUGGUCUAGCGGCAGACUCGCCUGCGGAGUCGGCAGAUGAUUCAAGUCGCAGUUCCUCAUCUGAAUCUCCGCGAAAUCACAUCCGACACACUUCGAUCGCUUCCACAAAUUCCGCCGCGCAUAGCGAAAAUCCCAUGUCAUCUGCGAACUACACGACCGAGGACUGGAUGCGCCCGGAGUUGUCGUCAGUGAAGGAGGAAUCACCGUUCAAUAUCGAUCCGUCAUUCCCCAUGGACGCCGGCUUUCCAGCAGACCCCGAUCUGGAGGUAAGCAACAAGGCAAUGGAUGCAGCCUUCGAUUUUGAAAGUGCGGCGAGCAGCCCCAGUCCAUUGAAAACAGACAAUGGAUCCCUUCCGAGACCGCAUAAGCGAUCAAAAUCUCAACUCUGGAGUCCUUCCAGCAAUCACGCUGUGCUGGGACCAGACGUUGCGCAGUCGAUUCAAGCACCUGGGUCUCCAUUCUUCGCGUUCGGGUUGAACGGCCAAUCGCCAUAUUCCAACACGAUGCACCAUGAGCUAGAAGGAGCGCCGCCGCAAUGGGGCGGGCAGUCUCCGUCCUCGAUUUUGGAAGAAAGCUUCGGCGGGAUCAACAUGAAUCAUCAGUCGCCUUUGAACGCCUCACUCUCCCCAGGAAUGAAUUUCGGCACUCCUCCGUCAUAUCCGGUACCAGCCAGCUUCGCUUCAUCUCCGACACAACCCCAGCUGAACUCAACAAAUCCACUCCAGCCUGUUUUGACGGUGCACCCAACCUCUUUGAAAUCGCGUGUCGAGACUCAAAUCCCCAUCCGAUUGACUCUUUCCCCUUUGCCUUCUGGGGUUAGGAAACUCCGACUCCCUUCGCACACUAUAUCCAAACUCAAGUUCCUUGCACCCGCUGCCACAGAGCAAACCCCCGAUACACUUCAAUUAUACACAAGCCUGGUUUGCACAAGCGCCAUGCAAGAGCGUGAAAAGAUGAAGCGCGCAUUCGCACGAACAAGAGGGGAUCAUUAUCAACCAACUUCAGACGAUGAACGCCCAUUAGAUGGAGGCGACGUGAAGAUCUGCAGCGGGUGCAUACAGCGAGAGCGAAAGCGCGCCUCUCGAAAGAAGCAAAGGAAGCCCGAGGAAGAUGAACUGUUCCAAAAAGAUGAAGAAAAGAGGGUCAUUGUUUUCAAUACUAGUGAAAUCAAGGAAUGGACAGAGCCCCAAAAGAGCGCCAGUGGUAGCUAUGGUGACGCCCCGGUGCCACCAGGAUCCAUGCAGGUGGAGCUUCCAAUGCGAAUUGCUUGUUAUUGUCGCCACCAGAAUGAGAAACUCGGUUUCCAGGUCAUCUUCACCGUGAAAGACCAUCUGGACAAUGUUGUUGCGCAGGCAAUCACCAACUCGAUCAUGAUCACCGAUGACCACAAAACCCAAGCCCCAUCUGCGCCAGCGCCAACUGGACCGUCGCCUUCGCUCGCAGAUGGCACUCAAGUACCAGGGGUCAGUGUGUUUGCCUCGGGUCAAAACGAGAAUGGGAAGAGUCCAUUCGCGCCCCAAUCGCCAACCGAUCUGCAGGGUCUCCAACAAAGGUUCAACUCGCAAUAUCAGCUCACGCCCAGUUCGUUCACAGCCCAAGGGCCAACGAACGGUGGGCCUGUCCCCCACCAAUCUCGAAGUUUGUCUCGUGGGGCAUCACCAUCUGAUUUCCAAGGGCCGCAAAGCAAACGACGCAAACACAGCAGCUCCGGGAGACUACCUUCGGAACUUACAAUGACCCGUCUCGAGACCCCGCAGUCAUCUGCCGCGGCCAUGAAUGCCGCCCAACUUGCUGCUGCUCGGGGUUUUGCUUCUCCAUCCGAACAACCAUUUGUCACACCCUCCUCCAUGUCAGGCCAGUAUGGAAAUGGCCCGCCAACUCCUAACCAAAGCAAUGACAACAAUCCCUUCUUCAACCCCACUCCUUCCCAGCGCCAAAGCUUGGACAAUCUGGCCGGUGGAGCGAUGGGCUCAACGCCCAACUCUGCUCACCCCAGUCGUCCUGGCACGCCAGGUGGGUCGAACCGCAAUGGCUUCCAAGACCCCAACAUCCCUCUUUCACUUGGUGCAAACUCUUCAAGCCAGGUUUGGCCUCUUAAUGCCGCUCCUACGCGGUUGCCAUCGGUGAUCCACAAGUUGGUUCCUUCCGAAGGUUCAAUCACUGGGGGCACCGAGGUAACCCUGUUGGGCAGUGGAUUCUAUCCUGGUAUGGAGGUUGUCUUUGGUGACACACUGGCGACCACGACUACAUUCUGGGGUGACAAAUGCCUCAAUUGCCUGACUCCUCCUGCUCUUCAGCCAGGUCUGGUCUCCGUUGUAUUCAAGCACGAGCACCCCAUUUUCGGUCAGGUCCAACAACAUCAAACCCUUAUGCCUAAGCAGCAACUGUUCUUCCGUUACGUCGAUGAUCGGGAACUUCAAAUGUACCGCUUGGCGCUUAACAUUCUUGGUCAAAAGCUCGGCAGCCAGGCCGAUGCGUUCCAAACCGCGCGGCAGAUCAUGGGCAGCGACCCUAACGCCUUCUUCAACAUGCAGGCAGACAUGCAAGGCAACAACUCUUCUGGGGGCCAACAACGCCAAGUGCCGGGUCUUGACACUCAAGGCAAGCUCAGUGACAUGGACUCGAAGAUGCUCACGUAUCUGGAAUUCCUUGACCUUGAUGACAGCCCCCGCCCUCCUCGCUAUAACUCCCGAAGUACAACAGGCCAGAGCCUACUUCACUUCGCGGCUUCGCUGGGACUUACGAGAUUUGUUGCGGGUCUGUUGGCUCGGGGUGCAAACCCCGACGUGCAAGAUAACGUAGGCAAUUCGCCUAUGCACUUGGCCGCACUCAACGGCCAUGCUCACAUUGUCCAUCGACUCCGCCUCACCGGUGCCAACGCCAACUCUCGUAGCGUGCGAGGCUUCACCCCUGCGGACUUGGCCACAACGCUUCCAGCGCACCAAGCUGCUUUGCUGCCGGCUCGCACCUAUCGGUCUCGUAGCGUUGGAUCUCUCACCUCACGACGUCGGCAGAGUAGCUCGGCCUCGCUCAGCUCGAUGUGGGAAGUGUCCUCAGCGUCAGGCUCUCUUGGUCAUGCUGCUGGCGACUCGGAAGAGUUAGAUGAUGAUGAAGAAACGACGGACGAUUCGGACUCUGAGCCUCUUCAGUUCAGCUCUUCUCGUCGCUCAAGUAUGCAUCAAGACAUCAGCCCCCCGAUCGCCGACACUAGUGAGCAGAACGCCGCCCCCGGUGAUCCACCGGCACCUCUGGUCGCCUGGCGUGAUCAGCUGGCCGUUCAGAUCACCCAAUUCCAACAGAGCGUCGCCAACGCUUUCCCCAACCUUCCUGCUCUCCCUCCAAUGCCCCCGAUGCCGGCCAUUCCUGCUCUCCCUGAUUACCAGGGACAAGGCAUGAUGCGCCGCAUUACCAACCUCGUACCUAACCGGCCAGCCGCUCGAGACGGCUGGUGGGAUUACCUCAAGGGCAACACUUCGCCCAACCCCAACCAACCCCCCUCAUACGAUGAGCUCUUCCCACACCCUGAUCCUAGUGCUGAGGAUUCAGACAUAAAGAAGUCGACUCUCCUCCGCGCCGCGACAGAGGCAGCUAUCGAUCAGCACUUUGAAGCAGAAAGCAGCACGGCCGCUUCAAUGUCUCAGCCUGCACGGGCCGCUGUCGUCUCUGAAGUCAAGGAAGAACUCAAAGACAUUACAAUUGGCCGCAAGGUCAUCUCACACGAGCAGCAGAAGCACCUCCGCGAGCAACAGGCCCAACAAAUGAAGGGUCUGCGCAGUGACCGAAAUCUUUACUUUAUCUGGAUUCCUCUUCUUCUUCUCGUUAUUUGCGCAUGGGUUCGUAACUACGUUCCCGGAAUCUGGCAAGGCGUCACGGACACGUUUGAAUUUGUGAAAACCCGCUCUUCACAGCGGGCUGUGGAAAUGGGAAUUUAG